UAACGCGCAACAAAACGGAAAAAUUCGAGCGCACGUUCAAAUUGUCUGCAACACACACACACACAUAAAUAUAUAUUACUAAAGUGGCAACAACAAAAGCAUGGAAAUUUUUAAUUAGAAAUUUUUUUGGUGAAAAUUUGUGAAAAAGUCGAAAUAAGACAUUGCCAAAGUAAAAUAUGUGCAAAAAAUUGAAAUAAAAAAUACAAAAGCAAUAACGUGUGCGUGUGUGUGCAGGCAUUUGAAAUACAGAGAAAAUGAAUAGUAUGAAAAAAGUGCGUGCCAAGUAGGAAAGAAUCGAUGAAUUGAUUGCGUGCUGCAGUAGAGGCAGCGGGUGAGCGCAGCCGAACGGGCGUAGUCAGCUGGAGUUUGAAAAAGUGAAGCAUAAGCAAAAUUAGCCAAUGGUGUAGCAAGAAAAAAAAUAAAAAACGCUAGUGCAAAUGUAAAGUGAAAUGUGUUACAAAUCCAUAUAAAAAAAAAACAGAACAACAAAAACAAAAUUCGUGCAUUUUACGCUUGUGAACGAAAAUUACUACAAUUACACUAUAAUUACUAUUAGAAAUUAGUCAGAAAAUAGUGAAUUGAAUAUUUCUAGAAUACAUUUAUUUUAAAAUCACACACUCACUCUCUUAUUGUCUGAUAAUUGCAUUUUAAUUAAAAAUGAAAAGUCAAGAUUAAUUAAUUAAUUGUGGAUCGAUAAUUCAUUACAUGAAUUUAUAAUGAUUCAAUUCACUUACGACUUGCAAUUACUGGUAGAAUGAUCUUUUUAUUGCUGUAAAACAAAGCAGUGAAAUAUUAGAAAGACGCCGGUAAAGGAUAAUUAUCACAGAACGAGAGGCGAGUUCCAAAAAGGCGGUCGUUAAUACACUGAAGAAGAGGCACGAUGACUGUGUACUGUUAGCGACGAAGCUGCUUGCUCUGGUUGAUCUUAUAGAAUCAAGUAAUUCUCAAUUGCAUACGGUUGAUUAGAGUUCAAACAACUCAUUGCAAAUCCAACUGCAUACUUAUAAGUAAAACCUAAACUCUCUAGAAUGGGUCGUUGGCGGCGAACAACGACGACGCCACCCACUACUUACAACAAAUGGAUGCUGACGUUGACAGCGGCAUUUGGAGUUCUCAUUUUCAUUUGGAUUCCACAAGUGUCAGCUGAAUGUCAAACACGCUCGAUUUACUGCUAUGAAUGCGACUCAUGGACAGAUGCACGCUGCAAGGAUCCCUUCAACUACACGGCGCUACCGCGUGAUCAACCGCCGCUGAUGACCUGCAACGGCUGUUGUGUGAAAAUGGUGCGGCAUUCGAAAUCACCCUACGAAGUUGUACGACGUAUGUGUACGUCGCAAUUGCAAAUAAAUUUAUUUAUGGUCGAUCAUGUGUGCAUGAUGGAAAGUUCAGGCAAUGGACAUAUGUGCUUUUGUGAGGAAGAUAUGUGCAAUUCUAGUAAAAAUUUAUUGCAAAAUGGUUCAUCACACCAUUACAUCAUGAUCUCAGCGCUCUCAUUCAUAUUAUAUUUACUCAAUCAAAUACAGAUUCGUGCGCAAUUGCAAUUUUUCGCUCGAAUAUUGCAAAUGCAUAAACAAAAACAAAAACAAAAACAUAAGCAUAAACCAGUAAAAAAGUUUGAGAAACAAAAACAAAAACCAAAACCAAAACUCUCACAACAUACCCCAACCAGUCAAAUGCAACUCCAACUGCAAUGUCAACAACAAAAACAAAUACAAAUAUCAAAUCACCGUUGUCAUAUAAAUGUACAGCAACAACAAGAACAAGAGAAAAUCAGUGUAAACCUGAAAUUUUAUUGCAUGCCAUCAACCGAACAACCAAAACAUGUUGCAUGCCCAAUCAAAGCAAUAACAACAAAUAAUAUAUGUGCACAAAUCGUAGAAAGAUAGAGUGUAGGUCCAAGUAACCCCCAAAGGCACACACUAACUUACAAAAACUGAAAGUAAAAAUGGUACACACACACCAAGAUAAACCUAUAUAACAGUGCAUUCCGUUGGGCGAGGGCAUAAAGUUAUAAAGUAAUGUAUGGUACUGCAAUAUUGCAUAAUUAUGUUCAGAAAGCAAUGUUUUGUAUUGGCCAAAGUAAUUUGUCAUAAUGCAUAAUGUUCAAAAAGUAAUUUUAGGUAAUGCUUAAAACAGCUURCGGUAAUGCAAAAAGUAAUUAUUGGUAUUUCGUAAAGUAAUAUGUGGUAAUACAUAAAGUAAUUUAUAGUAUUAUCCACAUUAAUUUGAGGUAAUGCAUCAAUAAUACGAAGCACACCUCCUGCUGAAUUGUUAUUUCAAAAGCGUAUAAUGCAUUACCGAACUACAUUGAAUAUAGAGUGCACCAAACAC